AUGCCGUUGGUGAGAUUUGCAGUGAAAAAUGAAUAUGGUUUGGGAGUUGAAGAGCUUUACAAAGAUGCAGUUGAGUCUGAAGAUCCUAAAGCUGUUCACUAUGUUAAUAACUACUUAAAUUACUCUUCACUAUACACUUUUGAAUGGGUACUAGAAACAUUCAAAAAGUCAAUGGCUAUAGCACAACCAAAGACCAUUUUUACUGAUCAAGAUCAAGCAAUGAGCAAUGCAAUUGAAAAGGUUCUUCCAAACACAAGACAUAGGUUGUGUUUGUGGCAUCUGCAAAAGAACUUUAUAUCAAGAUUUCGCCAGCUGAAAAGCAAUGAAGAUUUUAAGAACAUGUUUGACAAAUGCUUAUUUGGAUGUGAUGAUGAGAAAGAAUUUGAUGAAAGUUGGAAAUAUAUGGUUCAAAAGUAUGGAUUAGAUGAAAAAGAGUGGUUUGAUAGACUGUAUAACCUAAAACAGAAAUGGUGUCCUGUGUUUAGCAAAGACAUUUUUUCAGCUGGAAUUUUGUCCUCCCAAAGAUCUGAAGUUACAAAUAGAGCAAUAUCAUUCAAGGCCAACAAAACAACUUCAUUAUAUGAAUUCUUUUAUAUAUUUGAAGCUACAGUUGAAAGAUGGAGAAGCAAUGAAAAGGCAGACAACUUUAGAUGUAGAAUAGAAAAACCAAAGACCAAAUGCAAACUCUUAAAACAGGCUGCUGAUAUUUACACUCUCAACAUUUUUAAAGACUUUGAAGAGGAAUAUGAGAUAAGCAUGAGAUCCUAUAUUAGAGAUGUGUCAAAUGAAAUGACAGCUGGUCUAAAGAUGUUUGAAGUGUCUUUGAAUGAGGAUUUCAAAUACAAUAGUAGUGUAUUUUACAGUGCAGAUCUGAAGGAAUUUGCAUGUUCCUGCUUAUAUUUUAAUGAAACAGGAAAUGUUGAAGAAGUUGCUACCAUGAUAGAUACUCCAUGGAGACACAAUAUUGCAAGAAAUUUCUAUAAUUUAGUAUACAUUUGUCAAAAAAAUGAUGAUGCUAAAAAAGUGUGUGAUGAAUCUCUUGACAAAAUGUAUAAGGCAGUCAAGAAAGUAUUUCAGACUGAUGAAGAAAAGAUCAAGGAAAUCAAUGAAGAAGAGGAAAGAAGAAAAACAACACCUGAUCCUUUACGUCAAAAAAAAAAGGAAGGACACCUGGAAGAAACAAGAGAAUUAGAGGUCACUUUGAGAAGCGAAAGACAGCUACAAGACAUGCUAAUGAAUUUGGAACAAAAACUCUAA